AUGUUGUUACAGAAUGCUUCAAUCAAUGUAACACACUUUAUUAUAAGUGGUUUUGACACAGUCAAAAGGCCAGUGGCAGUUGGUGUGGUUAUAUUGAUAAUCUAUAUACUAGCUAUUUUUGCCAAUACGGUAAACAUCCUCUUCAUUAUUUUUGACAAGAGAUUACAUAAACCAAUGUAUCUUCUGGUUUGCAACCUUGCUGUUGUUGAUAUAAUGUACACUUCCAGUGCCACUCCAACAAUGAUUGGGGUUCUCCUUGCUGAUGUUAAAACCAUAUCAUACGUGGACUGCUUAAUUCAAAUGUGUGUUUUCCACUUAGCAAUGGUGAUGGAACGGUUUGCUCUAGCAAUUAUGGCAUUCGAUCGAUUAAUUGCUAUAAUUUUUCCUUUUCAUUACCACAGUUAUUUGACAAAUACACGUACUGUUGUUCUUACAUAUAUCUUGUGGAUUAUUGGAUGUGGUACUGUUGUCUUGUUUCCUGCGACAGUUAUCCCUCUCCCUCACUGCACAUUGAGGCUUAAGUACAAUUUCUGUGAUUAUGCUGCCGUAAUGCGAACCACUUGUGUCAACGUUGAUGAGUAUUUCAACCAAAGUGCCAUUUGGUCAUUUUUUAUUUUAUUUUUCACUUUCACUUUCAUUUGUAUUUCAUACUGUGGAAUCUUAUUUUGUGUGAAAUUAUCUUCAAAUAAUGACAAAAAGAAAAUGGGCAGCACUGUUGUGAGUCAUGCAAUUUGUGUAACAUGCUUUUACUCUCCUAUAUUCAUUAUUGUUAUCCUGACUAGAGUUGGUGUGGUAUUAUCUCUUGAUGAACGUCAGGGUUUAUUGAUAGGGAACAUUCUCGGUCCAUCUCUUGUAAAUCCUUUUGUGUAUUGUCUUAGAACAGCAGAAAUUAAAAAUAAGAUGGUUAAGAUAUUCAAAAAGAUUCUUAGAUUCUUGUGA